GCACCUGGGCUCCGCCCCGGGGCGGGCCCGACGCUGCGUCGCGAGCGCGAGCGGCCGCACCUGGCUCGGCGGCGGCGGGCCCGGCCCGGGGACGAGCGCGGCACUGCCCAGGCGGAGCGAGCGCGGAGCCGGCACCGCAGCCCCGGUGCCGCCAUGGUGGAGGCGGCGCCCCCGGGGCCCGGGCCGCUGCGGAGAACCUUCCUGGUGCCGGAGAUCAAGUCGCUGGACCAGUACGACUUCUCGCGGGCCAAGGCGGCGGCCAGCCUGGCGUGGGUGCUGCGGGCCGCGUUCGGGGGCGCAGAGCACGUGCCCUCGGAGCUGUGGGAGCCCUUCUACACCGACCAGUACGCGCAGGAGCAUGUGAAGCCCCCCGUGACGCGGCUGCUGCUCUCGGCCGAGCUCUACUGCCGGGCCUGGCGGCAGGCCCUGCCGCAGCUCGAGACACCCCCCAGUCCCUCCGCGCUGCUGGCCCUGCUGGCCCGGAGGGGCACGGUGCCCGCGCUGCCCGAGCGCCCGGUGCAGGAGGCCGACCUGCGGCACCAGCCGAUCCUCAUGGGAGCUCACUUGGCGGUCAUUGACGCCCUCAUGGUUGCCUUCGCCUUUGAGUGGACAAAGACGCUGCCCGGUCCUUUGGCCCUGGCCAGCUUGGAGCACAAGCUCCUCUUCUGGGUGGACACGACCAUCCGUCGGCUGCAGGAAAAGACCGAGCAGGAAGCUGCCCAGAGAGCGUCCCCCUCGGCGCCCGCAGAUGGGGUGGCCCCGGUACAGCCCUCGUGCCCCACACGCUGGUACUGGAAGCUGGUUCCUCACGCAAUUGCCUUCUGUUUGAAGGAGUCGGGGAGCAAACCCCCCAUGAUCCGGUACCGAAAGGACCGCGCUGUUGCCCGCCGUGCCCCCUGCUUUCCGGCUGUGACUGGCCUCCAGGACCUGGCAAGUGGGGCCGCGCUGGCGACCACGAUCCACUGCUACUGUCCCCAGUUGUUGCGACUUGAGGAGAUAUGUCUCAAGGACCCCAUGUCUGUGGCGGACAGCCUGUACAACCUCCAGCUGGUGCAGGACUUCUGUGCUUCCCGCCUCCCCCGGGGCUGCCCGCUGUCCCUUGAGGACCUGCUUUAUGUCCCACCGCCCCUUAAGAUCAACCUGGUGGUGCUGCUCGCUGAGAUGUUCAUGUGCUUUGAGGUGCUGAAACCUGACUUUGUGCAGGCCAAGGACCUGCCUGACGGACAUGCUGCCUCCCCCCGGGCCGCAGAGACCUCCACCCCCCAGAACAGCAGCGGCAGCAGCUCUCCUGUCUUCAACUUCCGCCAUCCACUCCUGUCACCUGGUGGCCCCCAGUCCCCACUCCGUGGAUCUACAGGCUCCUUGAAGUCCUCCCCAUCAAUGUCGCACAUGGAGGCCCUCGGCAAGGCCUGGAACCGGCAGCUCAGCCGUCCCCUCUCCCAGGCUGUGUCGUUCAGCACUCCCUUUGGCCUGGACAGCGACGUGGACGUCGUCAUGGGAGACCCCGUGCUCCUCCGCUCUGUCAGCUCCGACAGCCUGGGCCCUCCACGCCCUGCACCAGCCCGGACCCCCGCCCAGCCAGCCCCGGAGCCUGGUGACCUGCCCACCAUUGAGGAGGCCCUGCAGAUCAUCCACAGUGCUGAGCCCCGGCUGCUGCCCGACGGGGCUGCCGACGGCAGCUUCUACCUCCACUCCCCUGAGGGGCCCUCCAAACUGCCACUGGCCUCCCCGUACCCACCUGAGGGGGCCUCAAAACCGCUGCCCGAUGGGCCCACCAAAGCACCCACCUACUUGCCCCACCCUGAGGUCCCCUUGAAACCACCUUCCUGCCCAGCCGGGGAGGUAUCGAAGCCCCUGGCCCCAUCUGAGGGGUCCCCGAAGGCCGUUGCUUUGUCCCCAGCAGCCAACAGUUCUGAAGUGAAGAUGACCAGCUUCGCCGAGCGCAAGAAGCAGCUGGUAAAGGCUGAGACUGAGGCCGGGGUGGGGUACCCAGAGGCCGUCCCGGCAGCCCCUGAGGCCCUGAGCUCGGAAAUGAGUGAGCUUGGUGCCCGGCUGGAGGAGAAACGGCGGGCCAUAGAGGCUCAGAAGCGCCGGAUUGAGGCCAUCUUUGCCAAGCACCGCCAGCGCCUGGGCAAGAGCGCUUUCCUGCAGGUGCAGCCACGGGAGGCUGGAGGGGAGGUGGAGGCAGAGGUGGAAACUGGUCUGGCCCCUGGUGGGGAACGACCGUCAGGCGAGGGCCAGGGCGAGCCAUCCCCACGGCCCAAGGUGGUGACCUUCUCACCUGAACUCGGCCCGGUGCCCCCGGAGGGGCUGGGGGACUACAACCGCGCCGUCAGCAAGCUGAGUGCGGCGCUGAGCUCGCUGCAACGGGACAUGCAGAGGCUCACGGACCAGCAGCAGCGGCUCCUGGCCCCCCAGGAGACCCCUGCGCCCGCCCCGCCACCUGCUGCAUGGGUCAUCCCCGGCCCCACGACUGGCCCCAAAGUGGCAUCCCCGAGCCCUGCCCGGCGCGCCCCAGCUGCCCGGCGCAGCCCCGGGCCAGGCCCCAGCCCGACGCCUCGCAGCCCAAAACACGCACGGCCCGUGGAGCUGCGGCUGGCGCCCCUGACGAGGGUGCUCACCCCCCCCAACGAUGUUGACAGCCUCCCCCACCUGCGGAAGUUCUCCCCGAGCCAGGUGCCUGUGCAGACGCGCUCCUCCAUCCUCCUGGCGGAGGGCCCAUCUCCCGAGGAGCCUGCGGCCCGGCCCGGCCUCAUCGAGAUCCCGCUGGGGAGCCUGGAAGAGCCCUCGGCUGAGGACGAGGGGGAAGGGAGCCCCCCCGGUGCUGAGGAUUCCUUGGAGGAAGAGGCCUCCUCCGAGGGGGAGCCCCGCGCUGGACUGGGGUUCUUCUAUAAGGAUGAAGACAAGCCUGAGGAUGAGAUGGCCCAAAAGCGGGCCAGCCUGCUGGAGCGGCAGCAGCGGCGGGCGGAGGAGGCGCGGCGGCGGAAGCAGUGGCAGGAGGCUGAGAAGGAGCAGCGGAGGGAGGAGGCUGCCCGGCUGGCCCAGGAAGAGGCGGUCCUUGGCGCCCCAGCGCCCCCAGGUCCUGCCGCCCCUGCUGCUCGGGCCCCAGCCGAGGAGGAGGUGGGCCCCAGGCGGGGGGAGUUCACCAGGCUUGAGUACGAGCGGCGGGCCCAGCUGAAGCUGAUGGAUGACCUGGAUAAGGUGCUGCGGCCGCGGGCCUCAGGGUCCGGGGGGCCAGGUCGGGGCGGGCGGAGGGCCCCCCGGCCACGCUCCGGUUGUUGUGAUGACUCCGCCCUGGCGCGCAGCCCAGCCCGAGGCCUACUGGGCUCUCGACUCAGCAAGGUCUAUUCACAGUCCACCCUGUCGCUGUCAACCGUGGCCAACGAGGCCCCCAAUAACCUAGGUGUGAAGAGGCCCACGUCUCGGGCUCCCUCCCCAUCUGGCCUCAUGUCCCCCAGCCGCCUACCCGGCAGCCGCGAGCGCGACUGGGAGAAUGGCAGCAACGCCUCCUCCCCUGCAUCAGUGCCUGAGUACACAGGCCCACGGCUGUACAAAGAGCCCAGCGCCAAGUCCAACAAGUUCAUCAUCCACAACGCCCUGUCACAUUGCUGCCUGGCGGGCAAGGUGAACGAGCCCCAGAAAAACCGCAUCCUUGAGGAAAUUGAGAAGAGCAAGGCCAACCACUUCCUGAUCCUCUUCCGGGACUCAAGCUGCCAGUUCCGGGCCCUCUACACGCUGUCAGGGGAGACGGAGGAGCUAUCCCGGCUGACAGGCUACGGCCCGCGCACGGUCACGCCCGCCAUGGUCGAGGGCAUCUACAAGUACAACUCGGACCGCAAGCGCUUCACUCAGAUCCCUGCCAAGACCAUGUCCAUGAGCGUGGAUGCCUUCACUAUCCAGGGACACCUCUGGCAGAGCAAGAAACCCACGACUCCCAAGAAGGGUGGCAACACCCCCAAAUAGCUCCGUCCUGGGUGGUCCGCAGGCCGGGCCCCGCGUGCUCCGGCCAUCGCCCUCCUGGAGGACAGUUGGUAUUCCUGGGUCCUGUCUGUCCCCAACUUUGUCUGGGUGGGGCUGGAGACCCCGCCCCUUAAUUUUUGUCCUGUCCUGCUGUGGGGGCUGAGCUGGGAGGUUCAGGGACUCAGGGCUCAGCUCAGUCCCCUGUCUGUCCUCCUGCCUUCUUGAAUAAAAUAAUUUAAAGAGA